AUGGACACCAAGACCAAGACAGAUGAUAGCCCAGACUUCUUCAUCUUCCAGCCGGAAGACAUGGGCAAGGCCCUGCAGCCACAAACUCAAGAUGAACCGCGAAAGAAGAGAGUUCAUCGGAAAAGUCGCCUUGGUUGCCAAGCAUGCAAGCGCCGACGAGUCAAGUGCGACGAGAGUAUACCUUGUUCGAAUUGUAUCAAACGUAAAGAAGAAUGCAUCCAGUCUACCAAUGAAAAGGCCAUUUCGCGAAGUCUAUCUACGCCUAAGGUCCAUCUCGCCAAUGGACCCGAUGAUGCCUACUCACCAAUAAACUUGAUGCACUUGCAGUUGUUGCAUCACUUUGAGCAUUUCACCGUACCGACACUGUCGUUUCCCGAGGUGUGGCCUAUAGUGUUGCGACAAGCUUUUGAUGAAGAGUUCAUCAUGUCGACUAUUCUAUGCGUUGCAGCAUCGCAUCUCGCGGCAAUAACACCAAAUAAUGACAGGUAUUAUCGCGCGAGGAACCAACUUUUAACAAAGUCUCUCCGUCUUCUUCGUCUGAACCUCUCUCGUCCCUUUACAAAAGACAUAUGUGAUGCCCUUGCAGGUGCCACUGUGCUCAUAAACUACAUCUCCUGGUGUCACCUUGAGUUCCUCACCGAACAACACAUUGGGCAACCGGCUGGAAGUGACAAUCACGGUAGUCUCGAUCUUUCACAGGACCAGUUAUUCCUCCUCAGCCCGGGUGUUCUCCAGGUCUAUCUACAAGGCCUCCCGGUAUUUCUCGAAGAAGACAGCGUAUUUUUGGCAAUCGGGCGGCAGCACCCGAGGCUCAACAUUGAGGAAGUCCUCACCAGACGAGGAGAGGACCCAACGCGUUUCGUCGAGCCGUUCAUGAAAAUGUUUGACGACGCUCGUUUUCAUUCCUCGCAUCCCGAGCGAGACACCCCCGGUAUAUACCAGACAUUUCGACAAACAUGGACCAUCCUAAGCGGACUUGAGUUGGACAACCAAGCCCACCAACCAUGUGCCUUUUCAGCACACUCAUCCGACACUGAAGACGUACAAUCCGUCUACCGGGAUAAAAGCCUCGAAGACAUACGAGACAGUCUUCUCAAGCUACAGCAAAACUACGAGCCGCCCACCACCGACAGCCAACCAGAAUCAUGGCUAGAAACACGAUUAAGAAUGCCGCAAAGAAAAGCAUUCGAAUGUGUCAUACGCCGAUUGUCGCCCAUUCUAUGUUGUCUAGCCACGCCAAGUGUCUCUGCAGAGACAACGCACGCGACUGCCAUGCCGAGAAAAGCAGACCUACAAAGAUUACUAUUCACAUUUCCUGUAUUUUGCUGCGUCCCAAUGCUGCAGAUGAUUGCGCAGGGAGACGCCCGGGCGCUUAUUUUGCUGCUUCAUUUUUAUAGGGCGGUGCGUGUGCUCUUGCCUACGGAGGAGUCGUGGUGGGCUGGUGAGAGGAGUAGACGGAUGGAAGGCUUGAUAUUGGCGGAUUUGCAGGGUAGGGGGUAUAUGGGGUGUAUGAGGGAUGAGUUUUUGGUCUAA